AUGUCUCUUCUUCACAACGAAGACUUUACCAUCUGGCAAUUACGCUCGACGUACCUCUCCACCAUUAAAGAUGGGAUUGGAGACCGCCUGAUCAACGUCAACAACUCCGUCCUCAAUACUCCUGGAUUUCGCGCCGCGGGCUGGUCCUCCGCAUCCACCAGCAACGCCCAGAUCAAACGCACCCAUUCCCCUCCUAUUCCAACCACAGCUGCUGUCUCCUCGGAAUAUUACCGACUAGCAGUACGAGAUGCAAACGCGGCGAGAGUUGAAGUGCAAGGGCUCGGCCUGGAGGACGGCGAGGAUGAUGAAGGGGGUAUGGUGACCGGCAAGAGCCAUGUGGACGGUGCAGGGCGACGGCAUCAUGGACGGACUGGAAAGAAGAAGGGCAGGCGAGAUCGCCACCAAGAGGCUCAGCGACAGGCCGAGGUGGAAGAUGACGAUAGCAGCGAUUUGAGUGACGACAGCGAUGAAGAUGGUGACAGCAUGCACAGCACUGUCGAUCAGAUCAAGUUUUCCAAGAUGCCCCUGCGCCGAGACCGAGCCGAUUCCUCCCCUAUUCGCUCUCUAGACCAGCGCGAACGGCCAGAGGUCACGAUCACAUCCCCCUCAACCCAGAAUGUUGUAGGCCAUUACCGCACAGGAUCACUGGGGACAGCAGUAUCAAGCAAGGAGCAACGACCGCGACGAGAUACCACAACAAGCAGUGAUCUUUCCACCGACAACGAAGUUGACACGCACGGUUAUCAUCAGCCCGGCCAGGUUCAAUUUUCCACAACCGAUCAGGUGGUUGAGCGUCCUCGAAGACGGCGUGAGAGAACAGGCAGUCGUGGAGCUGAUAGUAUCAUGCUCGAGGACUUGCAUGAGCAAGAUGAAGACUCGGGGGCCGAGUCUGUUGGAUCUGCACUCUCCUCUGAAUUCGAUGCCACUGCCGGUUCUGGCUCACUGCUGUUGGCUGGGGUAGGCAUGACCGGCUCAUCCUCGCCGAUGGCCCUGAUGCACAAAUUGCCCAGUGGAACUGGGCCGAGUGCCAACACUUCGCCGCGCAAAUCCAAAACUCCUGCCCCCGAAUUGCAUGAUCUUCCGCCCCCGCGGCCCAUCAGCAGAGUACAGCCAGUCAGCUUAUUGACGAAACAGCUGACAUCCCGUAAACGUGCACCGAGCAACCCAGUUGAGAGAUUCAUGGUUCUCUCGGGACGAGGUCUGGUGGAUCCAUUAUAUUUGAAGAUCUACGUCCCAUUUUCAUUGGAUCCUGAUGAACCUCUGGAUUUGCCAGUCAUACGCGAGUCGAAACUUGCUGAGCAGCCCGCUCCAAUCACCGUUGCGGAGACAAUUGGUCUUGCUCUUUGGAAGUAUUCUGAAGAUUCACGAGAGCCGUCUCUGGAGCGCGACAGGCUGACUGUGAACCGAUGGGCUCUUCGCAUGGUCGACGACGGGGAGGUCGAGUACGACUUCCCGGCGCUUGGACGAACACUUCCCAUGACAGACUUUACAUCGAACAAUAACCAAGCAGCGAAGGCGCGAGGACGCUCACGGGGCAAACCCUAUGAUGAGUUUGCCCUGGUAGAGGCCUCCAACGCCGAGUUUGAGGAGAACGAACGUUUAUACCCCCAGUACAGCGGGAGUCUUGGGUCUGAUGAUGGCGAUCAACAGACGAACCUUGCUGUGCCACGAGCUCCCCCGGCCCAGCCUGCUUCGCCAGCCAAGACCACCAUGGGUCGGGUGAACCCGAUUCUGGGCCAACCAUUCUCGUCUGCGCUGAAUGACAAUACGUUAACCCCGGCAGAUCGGCCCGUGGUCCCGGUUUCCCAUGCUACUCCUCGACUUGGUGUCUCUAAAACCUUGAAGAUUCGCUUUAUCAACCUGGAAGCCUCUGCUCAUGUCACGACCUUCAACACAUUCUCCGACAGCUACAUCGCUGAGAUUCUGGAUUCGGUGUGUAAGCGCUGGGGGUUGGAUAAAGGGAACUAUCUCCUCAAGGUGAUGGGAUCGAAUACCAUCGUACCGCUAGAUCGCACUGUGGAGGCGUUGGGUAACAUCACAGAGCUGGACCUUGUCCGUCGCCGGUUUGGCCACGGCCCGCUUGCCAUGGGUGGCUCGCCAGGCAGCUCCUCACCAAACGCACCCUUGAUGGUGGACAGCAAUAAUCCGACGGCCGUCAAGAAGGGCAAAAAGAGUAAUUUGCCGUCAUCCUCGCAGAAACAAGACCUCAUCGGCGGGUACUAUCGCCGCUAUCACGUCUUCCGCAAGCAACCCAUGUCGUUUACUGCCUCGAAUCAUCGAAUCCUCACCUUUGACAAUGACUACAUGCACAUCAUGGCCGGGGAUACGGGAAAGACCGUAUCCAACUCCAAGACACGCUCGAUUAGCUUUAAUGAAGUGGUCGGCUCUAAGGUCAGCCGGCGACACCCCAAAAGCUUCCGAGUCGUCGUUCUGCGCGGCAAUGAUGCCACAGAGCAGAAGCGCUACGAUUUUGAGGCGCGGAACCCGCUGGAGGCAAUUGAAAUUGUGGACGAGAUCAAGAAGAACAUGCAACAUUAUCGCACUUGA